GUGCUAUCGUGUGCUGUCGCCGCAUGCAACGGGAACGGGAGAGACACUGUUUAACUGCGACGGACAAAGGCUGGUCGAUGGUAACCUGCCGCACAGUUAAUCUCAAAGCGGAUCGAUCACCGGAAGACCAUGCUUGUUGGAGCAUCCCCGACCGGUGUAGCCGUGUAGCUGUGGAGUGGAAAGCAAACAUGCGGUAACAGCGCCUGUUUGUUGGGAGGUAUUUUCGGGAACGUUCACUCCAGCGCAUAGACUGCAUGUUCAACCAGCGUACGAAUGCCGGUUCAGCGGAUCCGCCGUGGCUGCGCUACCUGGCUGAAUGACGUGAUCAUGAGUCGAUAUUCAUAUUUUGUCCAUAUUUGAAGGUCUAGUUCAGUUCAAUACAGGAUACAGGAACGAGGAAAGUGCAAUGCUGAAGGUCCACGAGAGUGGCGUAGGACUCGUUGCCAUCAUCUUCCACUUCAAUUAGACGAGCUGCGUUAUUGUCUGAGCAUUGAUUUUGAACAAUAGGAAUGGACACAGUGCAGGAUAACGUACGCUAUACCAUAAUCUACCGUGACAACGGAUAAUCUCCUGAAAGUUACUCCACGUUGACGGACCAAUUCCUUUAUUGUUUCUUCUGUAACACUGUCGAUUAGCGUGCCAUGACUGGAGCACCGGCUGCCGUUGGCCCAACGCUGGAAGUGAAGGAUCCUUAUAAAAUCGGACCUUUCAAAUUCAAUCCACAAUGGGUGCAGAAACCAUAUUCGGACAGCUACUUUAAAUGGCUCAUCGUCAUAUCCUGCGCCGUGUGGUACAACCUGAUAUUGACCCUUCCACGUGCCGUGUUCCACGAGAUACACGAAGGCAAUCAGUUGUACUUCUUCCUUUUCGUCGAUUAUCUCUGUGAUUUGUUGUAUCUGGUGGAUAUGGGAAUAAAGACUAUUACAGGUUAUUUCGAAAACGGUAUACUUAUAAAAGAACCACGGAAGCUGAUGGCCGCGUAUAAGAAGUCCAGCACUUUCAUCUGGGAUAUAAUCAGUAUACUGCCGACGGAUUUGUUUUAUUUUUUAACUGGCUGGUACGCGCCAUACCCCAUACUGCGGAUUAACAGAAUCUUCCGCUUGGGUCGCACGCAUGAUUUCUAUUAUCGCGCACAGACGCGUUUGGAUUCUCCCAAUACGUUUCGCCUCAUAUAUUUGAUUCUGACGAUGAUCGUCGUUGUGCAUCUGAACGCCUGUGUGUACUACUGGGUCAGCUCACAAGUCGGCAUCGGUUCCGACCGGUGGGCGUAUCCCGGCCGGGCCGGUUGGCGUUAUGCGGAGCACGGUGGUGGUCACGGCGGUGGACACGGCGCGGCUCAUGGCGGACACGAAGGCAACGCCACAGAAGACCUUUCCUUGGACCAUAACGAACUGGCGCACGAUCUGGGUUUCGCUCACGGAGUGGAGAACGGAACGGACUCUGGCCAUCUGAACGGCAGUCUCAGUCACGCAUUCCCUCUCGAGCUCGACCACUUGGAUGCCGAAACCGAUAUCGAUUUUCCCGGAUCACUCAACAGUUCAACAACGGCGCACGUCUCGGUGACGAUUCGCGGAGGCAGUGAGCUGGGACAUGUCGAUUUAUCGGUUACGGGAUUCGCCGGCGGUCCGACCAAGAUGAAUGUGGAGCGGUCAACCGCCCGCGUGGCUAGUGCCGGUCUGACGUCAACGGACCGUCCGACAACUGGCCAAUCAGCGCGCACGACGAUCAUCGCGGCGAGCUCGUACGAUGAAACGAAGCUUACCGGAAAGUACGGUCACGCAUACACCUGCCAGAACAACAACGAGCAAACUGCAUUUGUCGUUGGACAACGCCCAUGCGGCACAGGAAUCGACCUGACGCCGCAGGUCACGGAAAAUCCAUUAAAAGCUCUUGAACGGCGGAUGCAGGAGGAAUUUGAUCAGAGUACUACAAUUCUACCACAAACUACUGCACCUACUACCGGUACCACCAAUGGAAACGUGCAACAUGAAACGAAUCACAAUCCCAAGAGCGAUACCUCGCACCAAACGGCCAAUGGGGAAUCACAUGCCGAUGGGAAAACAACUGACACUGAAAGUGCCAGUCGCACACAAGAACAUACAGGCUCACCAGCGGAAAACCAUGAGAGUGUCAGCGGAGCCGGUGGGCACGCUGCGCAGGGACAAUCGGCAUCGGGGAAUGCCGGCGGUGUCGAUGAAAAUCCCCCUAAUGCACACGGAACAAGUCAUGGAACGGCAGGAACGCCACAAUCUCCACAAUCGCGGUCUGAUGAUUCCCAGAACCAGCAUUCAGAGGGUCAAGCGUCCGAAACCCAUGGAUCGUUUGCGGACACGGGAAACUCUUCAGGUGAUCAUGGAAAUACACAUACAGAAGACACUACUGGUCACGGUGAAUCGAGCGCCCAUGCACAACCAGGAGCGCACGAUAACGGAUCCGGUCCAACCGAAGGCAGCGGUCACGGAGAGUCAGGGACACAUGGUAGGGCCGAUCAUGCCGCUGGGGAUCACGCAGAAGCGAGUGGGCAUGGUCAGUCAGAUACUCAUGGCGGAGGAGGCCAUGGCGACAGCGCAAACAACGCACAUAGCGAGGGAAGCGGCCAUGGAGAAACGACGGGGCAUGAAACUGGUGGACAUGGUGCUAGUGCUCAUGGUGAAGGAAGCGGUCACGCAUCCGAUAGCCAUGGCGCAACCGGCGGUCAUGGCGAAGCAGAUCAUGGAACAGGAGCUGAACAUGGUAGUGCCGAACACGGCAGUACCGGGCACGGAGAAGCUGGCGGACAUGGUGGAGGAGGGCAUGGAGAAGGAGGUCACGGGGCCGGUAGUGGGCAUGGGGCGGAAGGUGGGCAUGGAGGUGGAGAAGGAGGCGGAGAGGGAGAGGGAGGGGGCCAUCACAAGCCGAUCGUGAUUAGCGACAAAUUUCUCAACGAUACGCUGCUGCAGAAAUACUCGUACUGUCUCUACUGGUCGGUAAAAAUGAUGACAUCGAAACCGUACGAAUUGGCCAACCCCACCACCACCAACGAAUUCCUCUUUCAUAUCUUUGACGCUUUCUUGGGAAUAUUUAUGUUCGCUAGUAUUGUCAGCGAGGUCGACGGGAUUAUUGAACGCAUCAACAAGGCUUCCGACGACUUUAAGGAAAAACUGGAUUCCGUGAAGCAAUAUAUUAGUAUGCGCAAGGUGGGACGUGAAAUGGAAAGUCGCGUGGUGAAAUGGUUUGAUUAUGUUUGGGCCAAUAACGGAUCACUGGACGAAGAUUCCGUUCUGGCGGUAUUACCGGCGUAUCUCAGGAUGGAAAUCGCUCGCUUCGUCCAUCUGGACGUCCUGAAAAAAGUGCCUAUAUUCCAAGGAAUUGAUGAGCAGUUUUUGCUGGAACUGGCCGAGAAGUUGCGCUUUGAGGCAUUCUGUCCGGGGGAUUACGUGUGCCGGAAAGGUGACAUUGGCCGGGAAAUCUAUGUGGUACGGCGUGGUCUGCUGAAUGUGAUUGCUGCGGAUGGAGUGAAGGUGAUUGUGACGCUGAAGAGCGGUGUGGUCUUUGGCGAAUUAAGCCUCCUCAACGUCCCUGGCUCAGCUAACGGCAAUCGGCGCACCGUCACGGUCCGGACCGUGGGCUACGCUGACCUGUUUAGUCUUUCCAAAGAAGCCUUCUGGACGUGUCUGGAAGAGUAUCCCGAUGUUAAAGAACAGCUUAUGGAGAAAGCUCGAAAGAUCCUACAAAAGGACAAUCUGUACAAUGAAGAAGCGGCCCGGGAAGCUGCCCGCCGGGGGCGGAAUUUUGAGGAGGUAGCCGGUCGACUGGAAGAGAAUCUGGACGUUAUGUCACGGCGCUUAAUGCGCUUCUGGCAGGAACAGAUUGAGAUUAAUCAGUCGCUCCUCAGUAAACUGGAGCGAUUAGAGACACUGCGACGACAGCAGCGGAAGAACCAGACUAAAGUGCGCGAAGUGGGCGAUUUGUUGGACCUGUCGCAGGAUAUAACCGGCGCUACGGUUGCGCCGUAACUGUCAUUAUUCUGUGCGGGAAAUGCAGGCAUUGGGUCGUGCUUUCUGGACACAAAGUGUCCGUAGGGCUUUACAACAUACCUGUCAUUUUUCGGAAUGCGUUUUUUAUGAAACGCGUUACGAAUUUGUAUAAAUUUCGUUACCGGCAUGUUUUAAGCUUGCAAAAAAUUUAGGUUAUGAAAUUUACUACUGUCUCAUUUUUUCAUGGUAGAAGCUUUUUCUGUACGGAAGUACAGUUCAUAGCUACGGUACUCGUCAGUCGUCACUGAUUUUACAAGAAAAAGGAAA